UUCCAACAGUCUUUUAGCUAUUUCUUCUUCCUCUCAUUGGAAAACCCAUAUAAUCAUCACACACAACCCAUUUUUGCACUGCACCAUCUCUUUUUUCUCCCUCUUUCUUUCUUCUCUGUCAUCAGACACUCUUCUCACCAUGGUUUCUCUCAAUCCAGAAGCACCUGAAUUUUUUCCCACGCAUACGAUGAAGCUUCACAAAAAAGAACAACCUUUUACGUGUCCCAAUUUCCCUACUUCCUUAUUCACUCCUCAUAGUCAAUACUACUAUGUUGUUUCUUCAUUCCCCUCUCGAGAACUUCACCCCUACGUUUACUACCCCACCACCGCAACGCUUCCACCACCUUCUAUAACUACCCAUUUGACACCACAAUAUGAACCAUUCUGUAUUCAUGGAAUGAAAAAGGAACCUAACCCAGUGAACCAGAAGAAGGAUGAAGUGGUUGUAGAUGAAGACGUAAAGUGUGGCGCAAAAGAGCUUGCGCAGGAACAUGUGUUUAAACCUUACAUGAGUUACAGAACAAUGAAUGGUCAACGUUCUGAAGGUACGAGGAUGAAGACUUACCUGCCGAGAAAGAAGGGAGAACAGAAGGGUCAACAUAAAAGCUUUGACUUUUCAAGUAAUGGAAAGAUUACGAAGCACCCAUAUGAACAGUACUGCUGGAGGGGUUAUCCUAAGAAGAAGCGGUGUUUUCCUCUGUUGCCUGUUAAAGUGGAGAAGAAUGAAACCACUGUCAUGAUCAGAAAUAUUCCUAGCAAAUACAACCGAGAUAUGCUGGUGGAGUUUCUGGAUAGUCACUGCAUGAAAGUGAAUCUGAGAGACAAAGAGAAAGACGAAGAGUCCUGUUCUUUAGCUUUUGAUUUUGUUUAUUUGCCAAUUGAUUUCAAAACUGGGAUGAACAAGGGUUACGCUUUUGUGAACUUCACCAAACCCCAGGCAGCUUGGAAGUUUCUUUUGACAGCCUCCAACAUGAAAUGGGACUUGUUCCAGUCCCACAAGAUACGUGAAGUGGUUUCUGCACGUUUGCAGGGGAAAGAGAGAUUAGAGAAGCACUUUGAAACUAUGAACUUUCCGUGCGAGUCCGAGGAUGUUCUGCCGGUGUGCUUUAACCCACCACGUGAUGGUGUUACCAAGGGAAAGCAAAUAACUUGUGGGAAACUGUCUGCUAAGCGUGAACAAGUUUAAAGAGUGUGAUGGCAAAGCUUUCUACUUUGGUUGAAGAUGGUUCAAUGUUUCUAUGUAUUUGUAAACAUGCAUGCAUGUUUUAUAUCUGUUCAGUAGUUUAGGUUUUGUGCUGUGGUAAUUGUAGUAUUCAUAUGAUGAAACAUGGUUUUGAAAAGUUUCCACGAAUGGGUUGGGUGGACCCUGGCCACUUGAUCCCAUGAUAUGAACCAGGUUGUGUGGUGGGGUCCACCCUUUCUGUCGUGAGGCUCAACACUGAAUCAAGCCUUGUGCUAAUGAAGUUUUCUUUUGCAGUGUUUACUCUUGUUGGUAUCAGGAUCCUCCUUUUAUCUGUUUGUAUAUUUGGGAAUGUA